AUGGAUUCCAAACCAACAUUUUGCCAAAAAGGAAUUAGGAAGUGCAAAUGGACCGAGAAGGAAGAUCAAAUUCUCAUUGAUGCUGUACAAGGACAAUAUAGUUUUUCCUGGGCAGAAAUUGCAAAUAAGCUUCCUGGUCGUACUGGCAAUCAAUACAGGGAAAGAUGGAUUACUAACCUGUCCCCUUCUAUAAACAGAAAACCGUGGUCCAAUGAAGAAGAUUUAUUACUUAUUAAAAUGCAAAAUCAGAUAGGAAAUAAGUGGUCAUAUAUGACUCGUGCAUUCAAGGGAAGAAGUUCAAUAUCCAUUAAAAAUCGAUGGAAAUGGAUCUUGAGAAAUAUCAUUCAACCAACUAAGAGAGGACAAUCGAAUCAAACACCUAAGAAGCAGGAAGAAGAUAAAGAGAUUAAUCCCAUAUUAUUAAUCCCGCCAAUGGAAAAAAUACAAAAUGAAGAAGAUAGUUCGAAUGAAAUUGCUGUCUUAAAGAUACCAGAUCUCAUCUUAGAUAACAGCUCUCAAGAGAAGACACCAAGAAGGUUCUUUAAUUUAAUUUACUAUAGUGAUGACGUAUACAGACCUCGUUCACUAUUGUAA